GUGGAGCCAUGAUUCGGGGAGGUGUCCGCACCCCCUCCUUGAUGGCUCUGGGGCAUAACGGAUUUUGACUUAAGACAGCUUACCUCACGAGACCAAUACUAUUGAUGAUCCUGAAGAACGACUGAACAGUUUGAGCACCUACAUUAUAGCCAAGUUGACUGCCUCCUAUAUAAGCACUCUUAUUACACCCUUUCCUUGUCUUGCUACUUUAUCUGGUCACGCCUGCUGCUUUUAAAAAUACCUUGAGGAUAAUCUCGCACCCAGCUGAGGCAGACGAGAUUGCAGAAAUACGACAUGCCUUCUAGGACAGACCUCUGUUGUAGGAACGAGGCUCGGGCCGGGAAAAUAAAGAUGACCGUUGUCCGGAGGAACCUCUUGCACUCUCCAUCUACAAGUCCCGAGAUCAAGUUCACUCCGCCCCAUAAAACAGCCACAGGCCUUGUUCAAAACGGGAGAGAUCAUGGCGGCAAAGACACAGACGAAACCCCUGGAAAAGACGCACCACCAUUAGCCAGCGACAUGGCCGCGCCAAGGGACGACGGGAUCCUUCGGACCUGGCACUAUAGCCACCUAAAAUAUGAUCCAACGCCGCCCUCAAACCACUGUGGCACGAUACGCAGAGCCGACCACACACUGCACCUGGACGGCAUCGUUGAUCUAGUGGUGGCCGCGACGCCCGAUAUCCCCGUCAUGACGUUCCGCAACCCCCACCUGGGCAAGAGCGCCGCGCACGCCGCCGCCUACCGAGCCAAUACUCGCAAGCGCUACCUGAGCGACCUCCUCCAGAGGUAUGUCGAGUCCGGGCACGUGCUCGUGUUUGUGCUCCCAGGCGGCAACCAAGUCGUCGGCUUGGCCGUGUGGUCAUACCACAACGCCUCGGUCGAUGGUGAGCUGGGCAGUGGAGACAUCACAGUCACCAGAGAGGAGCUAGCUGAGUUAAAGGCGGAGGUCAAGAGACAGAAGCGGAACGGCGGCGGGGCCGAGAAUGGUGACCACGACGCCGGCGACGCUUUCCGUGACGCGGCUUUUAGGAUCUACAACUUGCGGUGCCAAGACAGCCUUGCAAAAGGGGGCAACGAGCCCAUGAUGCUGUGGCUGCGGAUGUUGUGCGUGCACCCGGAGCACCGAGGCAAGGGCAUCGGCGCUGCGAUGGUGGAGGAGGGGAUCAGGCUACAGCGGGGCGAUGGGGUGACGAAGUGGGCGGCGCUAUACAGCAGCAGUGAGGCGGCGGCGAAGCUGUACAGGCGGCUCGGGUUUCGGGACCACGGCGGGUUUGAGAUCAAGUUAGGUGAGCUGGACAACGUGGACGGGGAGGAGAAGCUCAACGUGCGGGUCAUGGCCAGGAAGAUCCGACAGGGGUCGGAGGUUGAGCUGAGGGACGUCGAACUGAUAAACCCAUGCAAGGUGCACAUUCCUACAGCUGCACAGCUUGAGAAGUGGGGGGUCACUGACUGGAACAAUUUGGUGGUUGAAGGAUUGCCAUGGGAUGGUGUUGUCAGUCAAAUUGCGUUGCGUCGGUGAUGACAGAGGAUCUUUGGCCACGGUCAGCGAAUAUAUCACUGAGUUGCAAGAAUAUUCAGUAGCUAGACUAUAUGCAGACAAACGAGACAGACACGUAUUGAAGUUAUCAAGAGUUCCUCCAG